AUGGACCGUCAAAAGGAGCAGGCUGAUGCUUUGCUUUCGAGAGAGCUGCAGUUUGAUGACGACUUCACGCCAUUUCCAAAAACAAAAACAAAAGCACGGCAUACCUACAAAUUCAUCCUCGUAGAGUCGAUCGCCAUAUUAUCCAUCAUUCUCAAUAUCAUCGCCGCGGUGGAUUACUUUGCUCCAAAAAAUGUCUCUUUUCGAGAUGUGCCAACAGAUUACAGUGGUCUCCCCCAUGACCAGCCAGUUGUCUAUGACUGGGAAUCUCCCUUCGGCCCUGGAAACCAAAACUCAACUCUACAAGACGAGGUUUGGGAAGCCAUGACAAUCGGCCAGGGAAUUAUCUCUCUACCCAAAGACUGGGCUAAGGCUAAAGGACUCCAUCCAUCAGCGACCUUCCCCUGGGAUCAUAGUCGUGCUGUGUAUCUAGUCGCUGGCUACCACAAAUUACACUGUAUUAAAAAAAUACGGCGCUGGAUCGUCGCAACGGAACGUGGAUCUCAACGGACCGAUCAUUACGAACAUGUUUUGCACUGUCUCGACGGUAUUCGCCAGGCAAUUCUCUGUGAAGGCGACGACACGCCUUUGUACCUGAGCGAAGUUGGAGACAAGAUUUCUGGGCGUGAUGAGCCACGUCAGUGCAGGGACUGGUCGAAACUGGAUAGAUGGGCGAAGGAAAAUACUGCUUGUUAUGGAUAUGACAACGAGGCUGCAGAUGACAGCGGCGGCAUUAAGCACUACAAAUACUGUCCUCGAGACUCACCGUAUGCACCAGUGAUGAGGGAGUACUUUGGCCUUCCGGACGAUUACUAUGAGGAGCCUGUGGAGGAAGUACCUUCGUAUUAG